AUGAAGGGCCGAGUUAGAUGGGAUGAGGCUAAUCUGGGAGAAAUCGAAGCAAAUAAACCUGUAAGGCAGAAAAUUACUGAGCCGAAGACGCCAUACCACCCUAUGAUGACUGAUGAUGAGGAUGGAUCUCUGUCUCCUAUACGGGGUAGCUUCAAUGAUUGUGUUGGUGAUGCAGUUCAUGCAGAAGCAAUACGAACUGCUUUGACCGAUGUGGCAUCAUCAAGUAGAAAGAACACCCCAAGAUCUACUGGCUGGACAUCAUCUGAGGAUGAGGCAGAUGCUAUGGAACAAGAUGAUGAAGAUUCUGAGACAGAUAAAAAUGGUAGGAGUUUUAGGGAGCACAGAAGAGCUCAUUAUGAUGAAUUCCAGAAAGUAAAAGAACUCAGGCGGAAAGGCUCCUUUCUCGACGAUGAGGAUGAGGAUGAGGAUGCUGAGAUGGAUAAGGAGAAGAGAUCCGGUUCCUCAUUAACUGCUGGUGUGAAGGAAAUAGAUAUCGACGAAGAUGGUACUGCAUCUUCGACUAAAAAAUCUUCUGGACCUCCAGCUAAUGGAGCUUAG